AUGAGCAGCGAUGAGGACUUCGCACCACCCACACCACCACCACCCGAGAGCCCUCCUUCAGUGGCACGCACUCUGCAAAGGAGAAAGGCGAGCAGGAAACAAGAAGGGAGCACAGCAUCAAAGAGGGUCCCGCGCAAAGAGGAUGAGGGCUCGCUGCGUGAAGGCUGUACCCGCGUCAGCAAAAUGCGUGGCAGAUCCGUCUGGACCGACCAAACCGUGUUGCUGAUUCUGCAUCUGUGCAUGCAGUUGAAGCUGGACGCCAUGCCGAGCAACAGAAAGGCGAUGCAGAACAACAAGAGCCGCAAUGUGGCAUCGGAAGCGUCGAGACUGCUUGGGCUAGGGUCGCCGGCACGGGUGAGCGAGCUGUAUCGGCGGUGGUACUUCAUGCGACAGGAGAAGGGCGCACUGACUGUGCCAGUGGCCAACCAGCCAGGCAAUCGCAAGCCCAAGAAGCGACGCAUCCCCACAACCCAGCGCGUUCGAACGUUUGUGCAAACAUACAUUCACGAGUGCCGAGCGAAGCAAACCAGCGUCACGGCCACGCACUUGCUGAAGAAGCUCAUCAAUGCCGGCCAUGUGACGGUGGCCAAGUCGCCCAUUGGGGGCUACGACGACAAGGACUACAAGGCGGCAUUGCGGGCGACCCAGAAGUAUCUGAAGCACGGAGGCUUCAAGCGAGACCCUUGCGCCCAGACUGAGCUCCCCUCCAAGCUGCUUGAUCAAAUCGCAGACUACUUGGCCGUAUACCUGGAUGAAUCCUACGUCUAUCAGCACGCCAGUCAAGGCCACAUGUGCUUAUACGAUCCAGGAUCUGACCACGACAAGCACACAGCGCACGUGUGCUCUGGGCGUGGCUGGUGCUUUGCGCUGGCCAUUCAAGGACCAGAUCCCCGAGCAGCCGCCCCCUCGCCACAAGCGGAGGCCAACGUUGUUCCCGGCACGUGCUGCAUCUUCACCCCCGGUGCUGGCAAAGCGAAGGCACAAGCAACAGCUGAACGACAGAUGCAGAAUCAACAACAACAACAACAACAACAACAACAACAACAACAACAACAACAACAACAACAACAACAACAGCAGCAGCAGCCUUUGUCACCGGCCCUCGCCUACCUGCCACCCUUUCAGCUACCGCCCACACCCACGGUACCACAAGUGGACGGUGCUGACGAUCCAGGCCCAGCGUCCUUGUCAACACAUCAGGAGCAACCCGCACAGAAGAAGGCAAAGCGUGGGUAUCGGUGCAAGAACUGUGGCCAGCAAGGGCACAAUCGACGCUCCUGCCCUGAACAACAACAACAACAACAACAACAACAACAACAACAACAACAACAACAACAACAACAACAACAACAACAGCACGAGCAACAUGGUGAUGAGGCAGGCACCGUAGCUGCUGAUGUGCCCGGUGAUACAGGCGCUGAAGAACACAGGCAAGGACGAGAACAAACGCCCAAGAAGAAGUCCAGCGUCAGUCAUCACGAUAUCCUCCGCAGUGCAGUGAACGGCAACAGCUUUGUUGCCUGGUUUCGAGACCACCUCCUCCCCAAUCUCACGUCCCCCUCGCUCAUCAUCAUGGACAACGCAUCGCACCACAGCACUCUCCCCGCCAGCGCCCCCAAGCCAUGGAAGAUGAGCAAGCCAGACAUCAUCACGGCGCUUCAAGAGCGUGGACAGCCCGUGCACGCCUCAGAAACUCGACAGCACCUUAUGAAGCGGCUUCGAGAGUGGGUGCAGAACAACAUGAAGGCCACGGUGGUGACGCUUGCAGAAGAGCAAGGACACCAAGUCCUGUUCGCGCCGCCAAGCGUGUGCGAGCUGCAGCCGAUGAGGAAGGUUUGGGGCGUUCUGAAGCGUCGACUGGCGCGAAGGCGCUGCAAGGGCAUGUCGUACAAUGAGAUAGAGGAGAUGCUUCAACAAGAGUUUGAUCAUCUGUCACACGAGCGGCACGAGAACGGGUGCACGAUGGUGCAGACCAUGAUCGACGCCGCUGACAGGGAGGUUGAGAGGUGUCGGCGGCUGGUGGACGAUGAGGUGACGCCUGAUGCGGCACACGACAGCGAUGAUGAAGACGAUUGCGGGUGGGUGAUGCCGAGCGAUGAUGAGCACAAUGGAGGCGACGACAACAGUGGGAGCGAUCUGAGCGACAGUGACAGCUGGGAGGACGACGAUGAAGGGGAGAGUUAGUGCUUUGUGAAACCUGUUUGCACCUGCACCCCAUGUGAAGUGAUGUUAUAUACCCCGGCAGCCCCACGCUGAACACCCAUUGCCCAUUAUUCCCUGUUUGUUUUUGAUUAUUAUUUUUCGACCGACGCAAGCACAUGCGUGCUGAUUUGGUUGACUCCUUUCGUGUUACGUUGUGAGGGGGAUCAUGCCCAUUACACUUAAUACAUUACAUGAUGUUGUUACAUUACAUUACAGUGCACUCUGAACGGA